AUGAAACAUUCAUCACUUCAUUUAAUUGAUUUACCUGAUGAAUUACUUUUGAUGAUAUUUAAGUAUAUGAAGAAAGCAUUAGCAUUAUAUUCAUUAAUGGGAAUCAAUAGACGAUUCGAUAGAAUUUUGCAAGAUCCAAUUUUUGUGAGCCAUUUAACAUUAAUGACAUGUACAUCAAAUAGUUUUAUCUAUUCAAUGUAUAAGAAGACAAUUGAUCGAUUUUGUUUAUACAUAUUACCUUCAAUUCAUCAUAAGAUCAAAUGGCUCAAUCUUGAAAUAUCGUCUAUGAAACGUCUUCUUGCUGUUGAAUAUCCAAAUUUAUGUGGACUUGGUCUUUGUAAUAUACGAGAAGAAACAGAUGGAUAUAUAUUCAAUGGUAAGAAAAUUAUUUUAGCUCUAAUAUUCGAAACAUUGAAAAUACAAAUAAAGACGAUUCAUUUCCAUAAUAUUGUUAAUUUGAUUUGUUAGAUAUUUACAAAUUUAGUUCAAUUUUUACGAUCUUGUAUAUUAGUUGCUUAUGAUUAUUAUUAUGAGGAAGGACAGAAAAUAGUUAGAAUAGAUAAAAUAUUAAAAAAGGAAUUUAACAUUCUUAUAGAAUAAAAGACAUGCCAAAUAAGAAACAAAAUAUUGAAAUAAUUAAUAAAAUUCAAUCUAUGAUUUCUGAUUUUUUUCAUUUAUUUCUAGAAAAGAGGAAAUUGUAAGGAAGUACAUAAAUUACAAAAAUGCAUUUAAUCAUUGAUGAAAACCCAUAAUUACGAUACAAUCCAGGAAACAAACAGAUAUACACAUUAUUAUGUUAUGAAAAGAUUAAAAAAGAAAUUACCUAUAAUUAAAUUAAGUAUUGGAAGUAGUGUGCUAUAGAAAUGAGAACGAUAUUAAAAAUGGAUAUUUCCAACAAUCGUUUUGUUUUCUUUUCAAAUACAUUAAGAUAUUUACUGUAAACUCCCCCCCAGAAUAAAAGGCCAUGGCCUUCUAUUAUGGAAAUUCACAUCGGACUUUUCAGGGUGGUCUUCUAUUAAGGGUGGCCUUCUAAUAGAACUUUUAUGGCAAAAACUUACAAGUUUUUUUUGUUAGUUACUGAUUUUGUUUUUCGAGCUCGGCAACUUAAAAUUGAAAUUUGUUUAAGCUUUUUGAGCUAAUGGUAUCUGUAAACUAGCU